AUUUUAGUUCCUGAUAUGGUUCAAAUGCCAAAAAUCCUUCAUCUUACAUUUCACAGUUCAGUGACAUAUUUCCUUUCUGUUUAAAUUCAUUCUAAGCUGCAAUUACCCUUAAAAAUGUUGCCAUUUCCCUCCAGAGCCACAAUCAACAUAGCUGUUGUCUCAAUGGGAAAACAAUUCUCCUUAUGAUGAGUAUAUUGCAAUAAAAUAGACAUGUCCCUAAUGAAUGGGAGUUUACUUGCUUUGCUGGAAAGCAAGUUAUGCAUUAAAACUAGUCUAUAUGUUGUGAUGGGUGGUCUUUUGUUUUGUUGGUGAACCAGAGAAAAACGACUGUUGCAUAAAAGGAAAACAUCCUACAAGGACCAGAGUGCCGUGUGAUCUCCUCCUUCCCAAGCAGCUUCCUGAACAGGAAGCUGCUACAGCUGAACAGGACUACAAUUUGUUGGCUGGAUUCUGCUAAACUCCUCCACGUAAAUCUAUAGUUCAGGAAAGAGACAUGGAAGGAAGUAAGAUACACUUUAUGUAGUUUGAUUCCAAUUUUAGAAUAAUAAAAAGUCAGUUGAAAAUUUGGUGGAGUUGCCCUUUAAGUACUGCUAUGGAAGCAAAUUAAUCAAAACAGUUUCUGAGGUGCAAAUCCUCAAUCUUGACUCCUUCUUCAAACCCGCCCGUCACCCCUCCGUCUGCGUCGCCCUUCGCUCUUGCCCCUGUGAUAUUUGUGCACCGACUGGAGCUGCACUCUGUCCUGCUCUAAACUUAGCCCUGACAGUACCGCUCCUCAUCACAACAUACUCUGCAGACCACUGCGGAUCACAAUGGACGGUGUCGAGUUACCACAGAUGCUGCUGUUUCUCACCGGUGACGCUGGGAAAACAAGAUGUAGACUUAAAGGCUCUGCAGGUUUUUCUGUCUUUCACUCUCUGCACUUGUAUUCCUCUUUGUCACGAUGGGCAGCUAUAGUUCAGCCCUCAUUCCUGACACUGAAGAGUUUGGUUCAAUUGUGUCUGUCGCGGAGAAGCUGAAUGAGCAGGUAGCUCAUGCUGCAGAUGAGAGGUUACAGUCAGAGCUUCAGACUCUGGUAACACUCAUGAUGGAGGAGGAAAGAAACAAAAACCAGAGUGAAGAGCUGAACUCUUCAACGCCACAAGAAAGCACUCAGGAAACCAGUGAGAAUGCGCUGCCUGCAGCGGUACCCAAAAAUGUGCCCACGGAGUCCUUCUCCUCCCUUCUGCCGAAAGCUCUCUCUGCCGUACUACAUCCAACACUGCCACCGGGCCUCAACUCUGACCUGCCGAGCAGAAAUCCAGACAAACACUCUCCACCGAACCUGGAACAGCUGCAGACAGAACUGAGAGACCUGAGGGACCAGAUUGAACAGAUGAAGAGUCAGCACAAUAAAGAAAUCAAACUGCUGAUGAAUGAGCUUGAUGAGGAGAAAAGGAUUCGCUUAACUUUACAGAUGGAAAUUCAACGCAUGAAGAAGCACCUGUCUAAAUGAGAGGACACCAUCAAACAUGAAAGACACUGAUUCGGUGACAGUGUUUUUUUGUAUACUUAACCGAUAAAUGGCAUUCUAUAAGCUUAAAAAAAAUCGUUCCUUCUCCUUUUUAAUGGAUUUCUCUUACGUGGUAAUGUCGUUUACUUUUGUGUUGGACUGAUGAGUCUUCUGACCAAGAGGACUGAAUGUUUUUACCGAACCUUUGCUGAAAGCGUAAAGAUGAGGAGCAGGAGGAGCAAAGCCAAGAUGAAAGGCUGUUCUUUCUCUCCGAAGAUGAGCUGCGCAUGGCUCUGUUGUACAUUUAAUGUGUUGUAUUUGCUUCUGUAGAUUUUCAAUCCCCAUAUCCACAACAUAUUUAACAUCCCUUGUUGGGUAAAAUGUCCAUUAAAAUAUUUAGAACAAUGUCUAGUGGCUGUCGGUCUGAAUUUGUGCUGCAGAUUCUCAUUUUUGAAAUAAGGUGAGGAACGAAUAUGAAGCUUCAAUCUUGCUUAAGGAUGCAUAUAUCUUGUAAAAACGAUGUAAUAGUUUUCCUUUUGUUCAUAAGUUUAUUGGUUGCUGAUGUGUACGUGCGUUGUGAAUUUAUUAAAAAUGUUGGCCAUUG